UGAUAUCACUCAACCUCCACCUGCUUGCUGCCUGUUGCCUUACAGAUGACCAGUCUAUGAUCUGAAAAGGCUAUCCUGUGUGUUUUGGGAGGUGGGGCGGUGUUGGACUGGAUUCAGAGAUUUGCUGGAUGGAGGCAGGGGAGGGUUGAACUGACCGCUCCGCUCAUGUGACAGUCUGAUACCGUGCGGGAAGCAUGUGCGCUUUGAGCGUUUCUCUUGGACCGGUGACGCGGCGGCUUUGAUGAGCCGGUUCAGCUGGAAGGAAGAGGUUUCGGACUAGUCCCCAUAUAGAGAACCAUGAGCACUGUGGAGGAGGAGCCGGACCACAUGAUACCAUGAAGAGAAGCCUGCAGGUCCUGCCCCACCAGCUGCUGAGUGUUCUGCUGAUUCUGUCUGUGCCAGUUGGGCUGGUGUUCUCCGCAGAGGAGCUUCACCCCAGCCAAACCCCUCUGGACCUUGCCCCCAUGUCAACGAGCAGCAGAACCCCCGCCACCCUCUCACCGAGGCCCUUGAGCUGGCAGGAGGGUUCCAGAACUGGGGAUCUGCACAACCAGUCACUGGCCUCUGUAGAAGCCAUCAGUAGACCCACUACUGUCCACUCAUUCCAGACACCGAAGAACACUGUACCAUCUGCCAUAAUUCAGACAACAACAGUAAGGGUGCAUCCUUUUGGUCCCAGGGAUCAGGCACUACCUAGAGUCUCUCUUCCAGACGCAGAAGCACCCCAACUGACCUCUAGAAGUAUGUUCAAUAGAACAAGCUCUGGGUUUUUAACCAUUAAAACCCAAGACCAGAACUUUAGCACUAAUACAGACAAGCCGAGUACAAUCAGUAGAAAGCCAGCGAACCAGUUUGAGCCUUCAAGUUUGGUUCAUGGAAAUCAGAUGAGUGCUAAUGGGUCGGACAGUGGAAACCAAGCCACAAAUUCUGGCUCGGGUCAUUCUUUUCUCUCAGGGACUGAAAGUAAUGUGGCCCCUGGUGCUGAGGGCCUUUCGGGGACCUCAGACACUGAAGAGAUGGGAGUGAAGGAGCCUAUUCAACAUUCACCAUCAGAACAUAGAGGGCAGAACACAAAUAAGGCAGCUUCGCACCAUACCAUUACAUCGCGCGACGUGUCUUCAGUGGAGAAUCCCACUCUCUCGUUGGAAACGGUGACAGGAGCUUUGGCACAAAAUAUCCAGUCUCCUCCCCCAGCUAUAGCCCUGCCUUCCAACCAUGUUACAACAUCUAAUCCCACUUCUUCAGCGAAGAGUGGAAACGUUGUGGAAAUCCAAGAUGGCAGGAAUGGAACCACUAAUAUGACCACUGAUUCUCUUGUCUCUUUAAAUGGUGCCACAGAUGUUAUCAACAGCACUGAUGCCUCAUGGCUUGCAGCGAAUUAUUCAAACAUUUCAGAGGCACCCUCCACAGCUAGCAGGAGCUACAUGAACAGGCAGGUCCCAGCCACCACGCAAGGCCCAUGGGGGUCCGGGAACCAAUCGGGUCCUGCACUGGGUUCUCCUCCCGAAAAAAACACCAUCUGCCUGGACAAAAUGGACAUUGUGUGGUUGGUUCUUGCCAUUAGCGUGCCUGUCUCCUCAUGCUCCGUGCUGCUAACCGUAUGCUGUAUGAGGAAAAAGAAGAAGUCUGCUACUCAGGAGAACAACUUGAGCUACUGGAAUGAUGCCAUCACCAUGGAUUACUUCACCCGCCAUGCUGUGGAGCUCCCACGCGAGAUACAAUCACUGGAGACUGAGGAACAAGAGACGUGUCUGCCCCCUAAUGGUGACUACAGCGACAGCGGCGUGGUUCUGGUUAACCCCUUUUGCCAAGAGACUCUCUUUAUCAACAGAGACAAGGCUUCUGAUAUCUAAACACAUUAUAUUAAAAGGCGACAAAAAUCUUUGAGGAUUUUUUAGUCCCUUUUAUUUGCUCGCAUUUUUUAAGAAUAUAUAUAUAUAAAUAAAUAUAUAUAUACAUAUAUGUGGUGAACCUUCAGAGACUGCGGUUUAUAUAUGAAACUGGUUUCAAGGAGUUGAAAGAAUAUUACAAAAAAGAACAAAUGCUAUUUACUAUGAGGGGGAGCCCCUGCAUAUUUUUCUGAUGUGGAUUUUCUACCGACGCUUCAUUGUGAUAAGGGUUUUUAUGUCUUUUUUGAAUAAAAACAAUAAGUGUGGUUGCUCUUAUGUCCCAGUGGCUUUGGUGGUGCAGAGUGCUGAGAAACCUGACGCGUGGUGUAAGGAUGCUUGUGUGACGUUACCCAAAACACUUAAUAUGAUUACUUAAAAAAGCCUGCCGCACUUGAAUUCUGUGUGUAAGGGGAUGCAGGGGUAAAGGGCAUUGAUUCUGGAACGCCUCUGGAAUGGAUCCAGUGGGUACUGCAGCAACCCUCACUUCCCUCUUGGAGGAACUUGAGUUGAUUGCCUGUUUGCAUUUGAUGGAGGAUGAAUCAUGACUUUCAGAGAUGGUUUGUCCCCAGUUGAGUCACCAGCCAAAAGACAAAACAACAAUUGUCCCAUUCCUUAGAUGUUUGAGAUGUUUUCGUGUGCGUAUAUGUCUUGUUGCAUGCAUCUUUGAGGUGUAUGAGGUGUAUGUGUGUCUUUAGAUGUCAGGAUUUUGUUUCUAUCAAGAUUUUGUUGUUUCAAACACCCUAAAAAUUACAUUCACGUCGACGGAGUUGCACAAGCAAGUAGAGAAAAAUGCUUAAAUGCCAAUGAAAUGCCUCAUACAAAGCUCUUUGUAUGGUAAUGUUACUGUGCUCCACAUUUCACAUCAUAUCUGUUCAUGUUGUGCGUGUUUGUGUUCAACUUCCAUAAGCAGGGCUAAGCAUUAUACUGUAUAACUGUAGUGGAAAUGCAUUUUUUGUUUUUUUAUUAAACCACUAUAUUUGUUUUUUCGCUAUGUCAUGCUCUGAUGAAAAUGGCACUACUAUUGCUUCACAGGUUGGCUAAAAUAUAUAUAUAUAUAUUUUGUUAGAAGACAUGUUUUCUUAGUGAAGGGGUGAAUGAGUGUGCUUGUGGUUUUGUCUGUCUAUCUCUGUCCCUUGUGUGAACAUUGACGAGAAUAAAUGAGACCAAAAUGAAUUUCUCUUUGAUUCUCAGUGCUUACUGCUGUAUUGUACAGUUUUUUAGAUGAAUGUCAAUGAUAUCACUGGAUGUAAUAGAGUGUAAUUGUUAGAUAUAAAUACAUACAGAGAAACUAUUUUAUUUUGUACUUUCUUUGAACACAUGCCACUGAGGUUGGUAGCAUGUUUUAAGAUCAUAUCAUAAUCUUUUCUUUACAUAUUCCAUUUUUUUUUCUGUAUGCUUAGCAGAUUUUAUAUAAAUGUUGUUUUUGUAGAUGGAUCUUUUCUUUUACUUCUUUUUUCAUUGUUUCCGUCCAUUUAUUUUGUGCUGGCAUGAAUUUUAGAUAUGUAAGGAGAUGGAGGUAACUGCUCAGCUGACAAAAAUAAAUUGCUCUUGCAUAUUAUGAAUCAUGUCUAAUCUUUUGUAGCACAUAAAAUGUACUUUUUACUGCUGAGCAAUACAAAUAAAAAGGCUUUAAAGGCUUCUUCA